CCGCCUCCUCCCGCCUCCUUCCGCCUCCUUCCUCCCGGUCUGCUGCUUGCACUCAGUUGCCGGUUGCACAAAAUGAGCUGCCGAAGCGGAUUCUACAGGCAGGAGCUGAACAAGACGGUGUGGGAGGUCCCGGAGCGGUACCAGAACCUCACCCCAGUGGGCUCCGGGGCCUAUGGCUCAGUCUGCUCUACAUAUGAUACCAAGACCAGGCAAAAGGUGGCAGUAAAAAAGCUGUCGAGGCCGUUUCAGUCGCUAGUAUAUGCACGACGGACUUAUCGGGAGCUGCGUUUGCUCAAGCACAUGAAGCAUGAAAAUGUAAUAGGUCUGCUGGAUGUAUUUACCCCAUCUACUUCUGUUGAAACCUUUAAUGAAGUGUAUCUUGUAACAAAUCUUAUGGGAGCAGACCUAAAUAACAUAGUAAAGUGUCAAAAGUUGACAGAUGACCACAUCCAAUUCCUUAUUUAUCAGUUACUUCGUGGCCUCAAGUAUAUCCAUUCAGCAGGGAUCAUCCACAGGGACUUGAAACCUAGCAAUUUAGCAGUAAAUGAAGACUGCGAGCUAAGGAUUCUUGAUUUUGGUUUGGCACGGCAGACAGAUGAUGAAAUGACUGGAUAUGUAGCGACCAGAUGGUAUCGAGCUCCAGAGAUCAUGUUAAACUGGAUGCAUUACAACCAAACAGUUGACAUUUGGUCGGUUGGAUGCAUCAUGGCAGAACUUUUGAAAGGCAAAGCUCUUUUUCCAGGAAAUGAUUAUAUUGACCAGCUGAAAAGGAUAAUGGAAGUUGUUGGCACACCUAAUUCUGAAUUUCUAAUGAAAAUUUCAUCUGAACAUGCUAGGCGAUAUAUUGAAUCCUUACCACACAUGCCACAGCAAGACCUGAAUGAGAUGUUUCGUUGUGCCAACCCUCUAGCUAUUGAUCUACUGAAGAGGAUGCUCCUAUUAGACAGCGAUAAAAGGAUCUCCGCCUCUGAAGCCCUGUCACAUCCUUACUUUGAGCAGUAUCAUGAUCCAGAAGAUGAGCCUGAAGCCGAGCCCUAUGAUGAAUCUAUAGAGAACAAGGAGCGCACUAUUGAUGAAUGGAAAGAGAUUACGUAUGAAGAAGUGGUUAGCUUUAAGCCUCCUGAUAUUAAAAUUGAUGAUCUGGAAAUUGAACAGUGAAGAUGGAUAUUUCUCAUCAUCACAAUGGACAAUUAGCAAAUUUGGCUUUUGCAACUUGAAUGGCUUCUGUUGACCAAAGACACGAGAGACCUGAAAAUACCGGAAUUCUAAGACAUUUACCCACUGCCUUGUCAUAGUUGUAAACAAAAUCCCUUCAAAUUACUCAGAACAGCAAAGACUUGCCUUUUCCGUACAUACCACUGAUAACCUGUUAGUAAUUUAUGUGGGAAAAGUAGGGUUUCCCAUGCAACCAGUCAGAGGAUUAGUAUUUUUCAGCACUGGAGUAAAAUUAAAUGUAGCAAUAUGUUUUUCCUUACUGAUUACCAGUAUAACCUUUUCAUAGAUGUUCCCCAGUGUGCCUACCAGUGCUAAGAACUCUUUGAAAUCUAAUGGUCCUUUAAAUCUUGUAAUUCUCAAGUACAGGUUAUUGGAUUUCUGCAUAGUAUGGUAGAUUCUGUAUUGGCACUGCUAAAUUACUCAGAGCUCUAGUAUUCAUUCUGGUUGGAUUCACUGUGGCACAGAAUCUGUUCUAAACCAUUCUUGUUCAGCUGUACUUCUCCAUCUUCUAGUACUGAUCACCUUUCACUAGCACAAUGAUGUGAGGGUGUUCAGUCGGUGUUUGCCAUCUUGCUUCUUUACAUGCAAUGCUAGAUCAUGAUACAGCACGGCAUGGUACUUUCUCAGAAACAAAAAUCUUUUCCAGAAAUGUGAACAGCUACUUUUUAGUCUGUGAUAUCUGCAUGUUACAAUUAAGUUAUGACAGAAGAGAUUUAAUAGUAGAGUUACUUGCAUAUGUACAAAAAUACUCUCUUUAUAGGUAAAAGUGUGUUCCUCUGGAGGAGAUGACUUUUGCCAGCAUUAAUACUGGGUGGCUGGGCGGGGUUGUAACCCAUUGGUUCUGUAUGGAAGAUGAUAUCCAUGAAAUGUCAAUGAGCCUUAUCUUUGUCCUGCUGCCAAUAAAACCAUUCUUUUUA